AUGAUGGACCCUUCGCACGAGCACCUCUUCAAGCUCCUGAUUAUCGGCGAUUCCGGUGUCGGGAAAUCCUGUCUGAUGCUUCGGUUCUGCGUAUCCACAGUAAAUUUCCCGCACACGUACAAAUGCUGUCUCUGCAUGACAAAACUUUGCUCCGAUCCCCAUUUAGCAUGACAAGUUUUACGCUCCAAAUUGGUGAAAUUUGUGAUGCAUCUUGUACAUGUAGUACGGGAAAUUUGUAUUGCAUACUGCGACGACACGUUCAAUGAGAAGCAACUGGCGACAAUCGGGGUUGACUUCAAGGUGAAGUAUGUUACGGAGAACAACAAAAGGAUCAAGCUAUGAACUGCAAAAGUAUCGUACUCAGUAGUGCACUCGCAUGGCAAAUUGCCUCAGCAUGAGAAAUGGAAUUUGUAGUGCGGAUUUAGCCUAAGAGGGAGAUCUGUAAUGCAUGACUGCAAUUAGUACUACGAGUGCGCUGCUUUUGCAAUCCAUACAAACUGGCGCUCUGGGAUACCGCAGGGCAGGAGCGGUUCCGAACGCUGACCUCGUCCUACUACCGCGGCGCGCAGGGCAUCGUGUUCGUGUACGACUUACGCAUUGCAAAAGCAUCGUACUAGUAGAAAUCGCAUCACAAAUCCGGUCAGCGUGACAAACGGAAUUUGUCAUGCUGUUUUGCCUUGGGAUGGAGAUUUGUAAUGCAUGAUUGCAAUUACUACGAGUGCGAUGCUUUUGCACACGAUACGACUGUACGGAACCGGAGACGUUUGAAAACGUGAGGCAGUGGAUCCACGAGGCGGACUCCUACAACAAAAACGUCGUGAAGCUGCUCGUUUGCAACAAGGUGGAUUUAAAACAGGAACGGAAAAUCACGACGCAGCAGGGCGAAGAUUUCGCGAUCGAGCAGUCGAUGAUGUACAUCGAGACGUCAGCGAAAACGAAAAUCGGGAUCCAGCAAGCGUUUACGGAGCUGGUGCUGAAGAUACUAGACUCCCCGGAUUUGCUCGAGGGAACGAUUCCCUUGGGGCAAAGGGGAGGCGCCGGGGGUGCGGGCGGGAAUAGAAACGUGCAGUUAGGCGCGAACCAGGGAGGCGGCGGAACGGCGAAUCCGAUGGGAGGCUGUUGUUAAAGACACGGAACAGGUGGAGGCCGGGGGGUGGAGGUGUGGCGCGUGUGCGAGGUGGACGCGAGCUAGUACUAGUACAACAAGCAACCUUCAAACCGAGCACGAAAAGAAAGGGAAUAUUACUGUGCUUGACGAUGUGGAGUAUUUGCUUGUAGCCUGUCUUACACCACUUCUCAUGCUGAUCUUCCAAGUGUAUGUCUUCUACCAUUUCUAGUACAACAAGCACCGACGCCCGGUUCUAGUACGUGUCUGGAUAGUACGCCGGUCUGUUUUAUUUUGUUGAGUUUGACGACGAAUUGAUUUUUGUACCCGCGCAAAGCCAAAGACACGUGAAAACUACCUUUCAAAUUUCUUGGUAUUGCUACCCCUUCACUUUUUUGGAAACGAGUUCGAUCUGUAUGAAAAUAAAA